CUAAAUUUUAGAUUAUUUAUUUAACAAGCUACAAUUUUAUGAUGAAUAUAAUAAUUACUUACUUACUUAUUUACGUCUAUCACUCUCAAUGGAGCACAGGUCACCGAUCAGUUAACCAGUAGAAACAGAUAUAAUAAUAAUAACAAUACUAAUGAACGAACUAUUAAGAUUAAUUCGAAUCAUCAAAUUGUAUCACAUCAUUAUAUGUUAUCAACUAAUUGAAUUAAAUCAUAUUGUUGAAACUAUAUUUCUACCUUCUUCUUCUUCUUCUUCUACGUCAUCAUCUUCAUUUAUUAUUUAUAAUCUUUCUGGUAUACCCGGACAAGGAUAUUAUAUAACAGUUUAUAUUGGUAAACCAAAUCAAAAAAUACAAUUACUUGUUGAUACUGGUAGUAGUAACUUAGCAAUUGCUGGUAGAAAUUUAACAAAUGUUGACAAUUGGUUCGAAUCUACGAAGUCAUCUACAUUAAGAUGUAGUGACCAUUUAAUUCAACAUGUACAUUAUUUGAAAGGUUAUUGGUCUGGUGUUUAUUGUCAAGAUGAAUUUGAUUUUACAAAUAAACAAGAUACAACAAUGAUCAAUCGUUACCCAAUGAAUAAUAAUAAUAAUAAUAAUAAUAAUAAUAAUAAUAAUAAUAAUAAUAAUAGAAUUCAUAUGUCAUUUAGUUUAAUUUUUAAUUCAACUAAAGUAUUUCUAUCACAUACUAAUAUUACAUGGUAUGGAAUUAUUGGAUUAGGAUUUAAUUCAAUUUAUAUUAAACCAAAAUCAAUAAAACAUCAUAAUAAUGAUCAAAUCAAUUUAUUGAUUGAUUGGAAAAAUCAAUUUAUGAAUCAAAUUAUAAAUAAUAAAAAUCAAUUCACUUAUUUAGAUCAAUUAAAUUCUAUAUGGAAAAUUCAUAAACAAUUUGGAUUAUUAUUAUGUGGAACUACUAUGUUCAACGAUCCAGAUAUGAAUUCACGAAAGAUGUCAGGCAAACUAAUCAUUGGUCGAACAGAUUUAAAUCUCCUCUGGCCGUCUACUUAUAUUACUAGUAAUAUACCAUCACCGAGAAUUCCAAGCUUUAACCCAUCAACAGUUUAUCACACACCUAUUCGAAAAGCAUGGUAUUAUGAAAUAAUUCUGACCAAUCUUUUGAUUAAUGAAUACAGUAUAGUAGACAAUUGUAAAGAGUUAAAUUUACAUAAAACAAUCAUUGAUAGUGGAACAACGAAUAUUUAUUUACCAAUGAAAAUCUUUCAACAAUUCAUUAAUAUUCUAUUCAUGAAAUACAUAAUCACUAAUAAAAAUUAUAUAAAUAUAAUGAAUAAGAAAUUAUUUUGGCUUGGUAAAAAUGCUUAUUGUUUACCUAUUCAUAAUAAUAAUAAUAAUAAUAAUAAUAAUAAUAAUAAUAAUCAUAGUCAUAAUGGUAAUCAUAAUCAUAAUCAUAAUAAUGAAAUAUUACAAAAAUUUUAUCAAUUAUUUCCAAUGAUUGAAUUUCAAUUAAUAUCAAGUAUAAAUAUAAAUAAUCAAGUAGUAUCUUUACUACUAUCACCCCAGCAAUACGUUAGGUAUCUUGGUCGAAUAAAUCAAAAUAACCAAAGUAGAGAUUGUUUUGCUUUUGCUAUACAACCAACUCAUAGAAAUACAAUAUUGGGUUCAGUAUUUCUCGAAGCAUACUAUACUAUAUUUGAUCAAGAAAAUAUGCGGAUUGGAUUUACUAAUUCCCCAUGCAAUUCAUAUACAAAUAAUCCAAGUCAAUCUAUAUCUAAAGUGAAUGGAUUAAAACAAUGGAAUACAACAUAUAAAUUUAUGUUAUUCACAAAAAUUUAUCAUAAAUCUAUCAAUAUUCAUAAUUAUUUAUCACCAUUAGAUUGUGCUGUUUAUAGACCAACAAAAUCUAUACAAUUAUUAUAUUUCAAAAAAUUAUAUUCUAGAAUAUUCUGGUUAUCUUCAUUAGUCAAUUUUAUCUUAAUUCCUUUAUUUAUUUUAUUAAAAGUCAAAUAUAUUUAUUAAACUAUGCUAUGAACUACUUAUAUACUUAUAUCUAUAUAAGUAGUAUAUAGUGAUAGUUAGUAUGUAAAGAAUGUAUUUCAGUAGAAGAUUGAAAAGGAAAGAUUGAGAACGGACGAGGAUUGUUAUGACAAAGGCAGAAACAAUGAAAUCUGAAACGACAAACUGAUAUCAGUGGAAGGAAUAAUCAAGUUUGAGAAAAUUGAUUGAUGUUUUGCAAAUGAGUAUUUACUGCAUGAUUCUCAGAUUUGAGUAUGAUGUUCUGUAUUUUAUGUUCGGACAUAUUGGAUUGUCUUCACUCGUGUUCUUAUUCACUAAAAAGCUACUAAUUUACAUUAUUUUUGAUAAUAUGUAAAUAUCAUAUUUUGUUUUUUCUUCAUCUAUCGGUCAUUAUUAAUAUUAUUAGCUUUAUUCAAUAGUAUAUUUUUAGUAUAAUAUAGAAUUAUCGGAAUGGGUUUUGUGGAGAUUUUAGG